AUGUGCAGGGGACAGAUCUGUGUAAACCUGUUGGCAGUCAGCUCUUGCCAAAUGACACAAUAAUGGGACCCUCAGUGCUUAUGAUCUUAGGGUUUCUCCUGAGUCCAGCACUCAGCUCAGAUAUGCAGGAUGGAGACCGCAUAAUCUUCGAGAGUAGCGUGACUGGCAUCUUGGGCGAGGAUGUGUACCUGCGUUGCCUCUACACAGGCAAUGAAUCUCUGCUGAACUCAUUCUGGAAACGCCUCGGCGGCUCUAAGAAGCUGGCAGGUUACAACGGCGUGAGGUCGAUGAAUAGAGAAGGCUUUUCUGCACCAGCAUCGGCUUCUAAUCUGACGGUGAAGUUGCACGUGGACAGUCUGAAUGCAGAGGGCGUGUACACCUGUGAGUUUAGCACUUAUGAAGAUCAACUGGAAAGCCACGUCUCUCUCACUGUCUUGGUCAGGCCAGAUGUCAAUGUUGAAACGAAGGAGGAGACUGUGGAUGGCACUCAGUACCAGUCUGUGAGUUGCACUGCCACCAACGCCAAGCCAGCGCCACACAUCAGCUGGGAGAUCAACGGCAAUGCCCCCAGCGCCGAUGUCUUCUCUGUCCAGACGGAGAGUGCCAAUCAUGCCAACGGUACCCUCUCUCUUGCCAGCGUCCUGCGCUUCCCCACCCAGCUGAACGACGAGAGCAGCGUAGACUGUCUGGUGCAGCACCCAGCCCUAUCUGAGCCACAGAGGACGACCGCUCAGGUGCAAACCUUCGUUGCUCCGAAAGUAACCAUGGAGACGGGCCUGGAUCCUGGGACUGGAGGAGGGAGAGCAUUGCGGGUUGUCAACUGCACCGCGCUGGGAGGGAGACCUCAACCCAAAAUUGCAUGGAUACUGUCUGGGGGAGAAAACACACUCUCGGCCCGGGAGCGGAGCGAUGAUGAUCACACACUCAUCAGUUCGGUCUCGUUCCCCGUUGGGAGUCACGAGGGGGAAGAUGUCACCUGUGUCGUCACCCACCCAAAGCUCACCAGCCCUAUCGAGAUUACCCAGACGCUGCCCACCUACAUUCUCUCAUCUGUUCAGCUGGUUUACCCCAAUGGCACUGCCCUGGAUGAACUUCCCCUGGACGAGGGAGAGCCUGGCAUGACCUUGGCACUGAAGGUGCAGGGAGAUGUGCCAAGCUAUCAGACUGAGUGCACCAAAGAUGACUCUUCUCUUCCAGAUGGUGUGGAGUUGGAAGGUGAUGAGCUCACCUUCAGAGGCCCAAUAGCUCAGCGCUAUGCUGGGCAAUACCAGUGCCAGGCCUCCUUCUCCAAACACAAAGCAUCUACUCAGCUGGACGUCAGUGUUAAACCAGGGGUUCAGGCACCCACUCCUGUAGCUCCAAUCAUAAGUGUGAAAACCUGGAGAGAGCUGGACAGCGUCACCGUCGAGUGCUCGGCCUCGGACGCAGUCCCUGCCCCGAACGUCUCCUGGUCCCUGCCCCCAGGGUUGACUGCGGCGGAGGCACUAAACACGACUUCUUUAAACGGAUCAGACAGCGCCACGGCCACCUUAACCCUGCCUCCCUGUAUGCCUGAAGAGUACAGGGUGCAGUGCCUGGUAGAGCAUCAGCUGUUUAAAGACCCAGAGAGGAGGGAGAUAGAGCUGUCUGCAUGUGCUCAUCCUAACAUAACGGUGCAGCUCAGCGUUGUGUGGAGGCAGGGCUCGGCCUACUCAGAGGCAGAGUGCAGAGUGGAGAGCGUGAGACCCAGAGCCAACAUCUCCUGGCAUCUCCUUGGGGACAACACCAAACUUGGCCAUGGGGCAGAUGGUGGUGUGGAGCUGCUGGGAAGCGAGGAACAAGAUGUGGGUGUGGAGCCCUCUAUGGAGGAGCAAGUGGUGGCGGUCAGCAGUGUGCUGCAACUGCCCUUGGCGGAGCAUCAGGGGAAGACUGUGGUCUGUGUGGUGAGUCACCAGAGUCUGCUGGAGCCCGAGAGGAGAGAGAUCCAGCUUCAGGCUCCAGAUCCUCCAGAGAUCCAGGCCCUCCUGGUGAGCGAGCGUGGCUACUCCCCUCUUGUACGUGCCGUGUGUGCGUACUCCAGUGAGUCAGGCGGCGCCAACAUCACCUGGCUCCUCCCUGACAACAACACCGUAGCAAGUGUGGUGUCAUCCUCAGCUCGUGAGGGGUCAAAGUUCAAAGCCAACGCCUCAUACGAGUUCCGCCUGCCACUUCACCAGGGCAGUGCCCUGACCUGCCUCAUACACCAGAAGUACGGCAACAUGGAGAGGAGGGUAGUGACCGUCCCUUGGUACUAUAUCUCCUCUCUGAGCGUGAUGAACAAAACCACUUGUGCCUCUGGAGAUGGGGUAGUUGUGUACAGAGUUGCUCUGCAGGAGCAUCUCGCCCACCAGAAGAUUCUUCUCCAAGUCAAAGGAAACGUGCCCUACAGCCAGAUUGUCUGUUCCAGCAAAGACGGUGGAGCUGCACUGCAAGUGAGAGAGACGUCUGCACUGACCAGCGUUCUGGAGUUCCCCAUGGCUGUGUCUAAGCGCGAUGCUGGACAGUAUGUCUGCACGGCAUCCUUCCACCACCUCAGCACCAACCUCUACAUCCUGGUGGAGGUGACUGACAACGCAGUGCAGCACGUGGCCCUCAUCAUCAUCUGUUUCACCACUGCUCUGGCCAUCACACUCUUCCUCGGCAUCACCCUGUGUGUUUUCUGCAAGAGACAUGUCCCGCCUGUAGAAAAGGACCGCCGCAAGAAACGUGAGUCCCUUGCCACCCUGACAUCUCUAAUGCAAGACCCGCGCUCUCCAGAGCUGAAGAAAGCUGCACUUCCUGGGGUUAAAGGUCAACAGUAUGCUGAGCUGGUCUCCAUCGUCCUCGUGCAGAAGACCACGGUUUGAGAGUUUUUAUGUAACAUCACAAAAAUGCAGCUGAUUUUCUACUGAAACGUGUUAAAGACCAAAGCUUAAGGGUAUUCCGUAACAUCACAGAAGUGCAACUGGUUUUCACCUGAAGUGCGGCGGUUUAAAAGACCACGGUCUGAGAGUUUUGCAUACCUUCACAGAAGUGCUGCCGAUUUUCUGCAGAAGUACAGUAAGAGAGUAGACGUUUUGAGAGCGGUCAUUUUAGAAAAAAAUUAAAAAUAAAACAUUUUGUGAGAUGUGACUGUUGACUACAGAUUUGUCACAGUCAGGGUUAUACAUUUACUGUAAGUCCUUUUUUUUUUGUUUUGGAACGGUUUUCAUUAUCCUGAGGAAAAGUCCUCAAUUUUAAAACAGGUGUUUCUGCGCUUUCACAUGGCCACAGUGAGAUUACUGAGUAUAGGUUUACAAUUUUGGGGUUUGAAUGUGACCAACGUUGAAGUUGAGGGAACCAGAAACUUUCAGAAAUAAGGGUCGGAGAUCAGAGGUCAGGGGGUCACCAGUUACACUGGUCACAUGAUCAUCCUAGUGGAGUAUAGAAUAGAAUGGUUUGUACAUAUAUAUCACAGGACAACUAACUGAUUCCCUACACCAGUGCAUUAAAGAGGAUAACAGUCUGAGACGUUUCAUCACAGAAGUAUUACUGAUCUACUCCAAAUUAAUAAUGAAGUUGACAUGAAUAAUGUAAGUUCAUUGUUUGGGAGAACGGAGGGAUUUUUGCACACCAUUUUGUUAACAACACAUGUAGCAAUAUAGCAGCUUUAUUUUCUUCAGUAUUUUCCAUGUUUCAGGCCCAUCUUUACUAACCUUGAGAAGAAACCUGUGGUUUCAAGCAGGUGUUGAACAUCGCAGAAGUACUAAUGAUUUUAACUCACAGUUAGCAUGAACAAGUCCACAGUUAGAGUCCACAGUUAUCAGUCGACCGUGACCGCACAAAUGUGACUUUUGUUUUUGGCUGAUCUUUAUUAUCCUUAUAGAAAGGUUUCUGAACAGGUGUUGUUAAUGUUUACAUAGCAUCACAAAGGUAUUACAGAUAUAUUGAAUGUGAAUGACACCAAAGUAGAGGGAACAUUCUUCUGACAGUCUAUAAACGAUUUAUUGUAUGCACAAAAUGUGAUUUUGAUGAGCAUUUUGCCAUUUGAACAUCUAUUUUUGUUGACAUUUUUACAUUAUGAACGUCUAUUUUUGUUGAACUUUUUACAUUAUGAACGUUUUUUUUUUUUGUUUAACUUUUUGCAACAUGGACAGCUAUUUCUGAAUUCUUUUUUUGCAAUGAUUGCAUCAUGUAAUAACCCUUACUGUGCCUGUAUUGCUGUUUUGUGGGUUACACAGGUUCAGAAGAUGUAGCUGUAUUUGCGACUAUGAAGCUUUUGUACGCUUUGCAUACUGUAGCAACAUAUCUCAGGAAUAUUAGUGAAAUUUAAACUUAAUCUCUUCAUUUAGGUUGAUGACAUGCUUUUUUUUAUGUUUUAUACGUGCAACUGUUUCCAAGGUACAGUAUAUAGGAUAAUGUUUUGUGCUGCUUGAAUUACAUCGUAUUGGGUUUACUUUUCAAUAUGACUUAUUUUUGUAUUUCACCUUUCAAUAGAUAUUCAAUAAAGUAUCAUGA